AGCCAAACGGAUGGGCGAAGUAGUGGGCGACUACGCGGAAGUCGGCAGGUAAAACCGAGAAGAUGAGGGUGACUGGGCUGGAUGAGUCAGUUACCCCAGAGGAGGUAGUGGAGGCGGUCGCCAAGAAAGGGGGCUGCUCCACCAACGAGGUGACCGCGGGGAAAAUGCACCCGGGACAGGGAGACACGAAGCUGACACUGGCCCGAUGUCCCGCAUGGGCCGCUAAGAAAGUGGCGGAAGGGGCCAAAAUUAAGGUGGGAUGGAGCCUUGCCAAGGUGGUCCUCAGCCGGCGCGUGCACUGUUUCAAGUGCAUGGUUGCCCGGCGAAAGAGGACCGGAGCACCCUGUGCUUCCGGUGCGGGGCUGCGGGGCACAAGGCGGCGACGUGUGCUGCCCCCACCAGAUGUGUGGUGUGCGCGGCGAGUGGUCGGCCGGCAGACCAUAUAAUGGGGAGUGGGAGGUGUGACCCGCCGGUCACAAAGGGCAAACCUCCCGAGCGAGUGGCCUCUGAGGCGGCGGCCGGACGGAUGCCCUCGGAGGGGGGGAUGUCCGAGUAGCCUCGGUCGCUCGGACGCCCUCGGAGGUUCUCCUAGGAGAAGACGCGGGGAGAUGUGGGCGACCGGGAGGAGGGAGAGGGACGGGAAGAAUUACGCUUCCCCUCCCGCUCCCCUCUCCCAGGAACGGCGGCCCUCACUUGUAGUUCUGACCUACAAAGGGGGGGCGGCGGAGGGAGUCCCCUCCGCAGCGGAUGGGGGGCGGUA